AAACUGGGUAUAAGAAAGCAGAAGGACAUUUGCUUCACAUGUUCUUCGUGGGCUGCUCUAAUGACUGCCUCUGUCAGAAGACACUGAGCUGAGUAUCCUCCCAAACAAGUGAGACUGGGAAUCAUGAACGCCACGGAGACGAAGGGCUUCAAUGGGUCUGAGCGGUGCCCCAGAGACACGCGGAUCACCCAGCUGGUGUUCCCAGCCACCUACACCAUCGUUUUCCUCGCCGGCAUCCUGCUGAACACUAUGGCCCUGUGGGUGUUCAUUCACAUUCCCAGCUCCUCCACCUUCAUUGUCUACCUCAAAAACACUUUGGUGGCUGACUUGAUCAUGACACUCAUGCUUCCGUUUAAAAUCCUCUCCGACUCCCACCUUGGACCCUGGCAGCUCAGAGCCUUUGUGUGCCGUUUCUCCUCCGUCAUCUUUUACGAGACCAUGUAUGUGGGCAUCAUUCUGCUGGGCCUCAUAGCCUUCGACAGAUUCCUCAAGAUCAUCAGACCUUUUGGAAAAUAUUUUGUACAGAAGCCUGCUUUUGCAAAAAUGGUCUCAACCCUUGUCUGGUUGCUUUUGUUCCUCAUCUCUCUUCCAAACAUGAUCUUAAGCAACAAGGAAGCAACACCGUCAUCUGUAAAAAAGUGUGCCUCCUUAAAGGGCCCUCUGGGGCUGAAAUGGCAUCAAGGGGUGAAUUAUAUAUCACAGUUCAUUUUCUGGGCCGUUUUUGCCCUAAUGCUUCUGUUUUACGUGGUGAUUGCAAAGAAAGUAUAUGAGUCUUACAGAAAGUCGAAAAGUAAAGACAGCAAAAACAACAAAAAGCUGGAAGGUAAAGUAUUUAUUGUCGUGGCUGUCUUCUUUCUGUGUUUUGCUCCAUUUCAUUUUGCCAGAGUUCCAUAUACUCACAGUCAAACCAACAGUAAGACUGACUGUAGACUACAAAAUCAACUGUUUAUAGCUAAAGAAACAACUCUCUUCUUGGCAGCAACUAACAUUUGUAUGGAUCCCUUAAUAUACAUAUUUUUAUGUAAAAAAUUCACAAGGCUAUUACGUAUGAGAGGAAGGAAGACUGCGGCAUCAACCCAGGACAACCACAGUAGUCAGACAGACAAUUUAACCCUAAGCUGAUAACUUCGUCGUGGUUCACUUCCAAUUUUGGACUAGAUUUCAAAAAACCAUUUAUUUGGAAAUUGCAUUUAAGCAGUAAAAGGGGAUUAAAAUAAAUGCUUUCUUACACUUUA